UACUACUGCUCCUCACCUUAAAAUUCCCAUCUUAUUCUCCUAUAUGAAUAAAUAAACAAAUAAAAAAAACCUCAAACACUCCAACAAUUUUCCAAUCACCAUCUUUUCUUAACCUAAAGAAACUUAGGUUUCAUCUAAUUUCUUACAUGGCAAGCAACAAACACUUUCCCCUUCUCCUCCUCCUCAUCACCAUCACCACUACAUCGUCCACUUCGCUUGCAUCCGAUCAAGACAAACUCGUAAUCAAAAUCAUAGACGCAAUGAUCUCCGGAGGAAGUUUCGAAGAUUGGAGCCCAGCUUUCCUCGCAACAAACGACGAGAUACACGGCCAAGUUCUCACUUCAACCCUCUUCCUCCCCAAAACACCAGUCGAAGGAAUCAACGCAACGUCACCGCUCGUAGCUGCUUACCACAUCGUCCCACAGCUGCUCCACUUCUACAACAUAACCCUCAUGGAGCCUCUCUCUCGCAUCCCAACGCUUCUCUCUGGGAACUCCAUCCUUGUAACCAACAACUCAGCUUCGGGUUUUACACUAGAUGGCGUUCUCGUCUCGGAGCCAGAUUUGUUUGUGUCUCCUUCCAUUGUUAUCCAUCGUAUUGCUUCUCCCUUUAACUUCUCUCGUUACGGUGGCGACGAUCUAUAUUAAUAAAGUUACCUUUUAUUCGCUUUUCUACUUUGUGUUUCUUUCUAUUUUUAGUAUUUUAAAAUUGGUUAAGAAAAAGUUUUACAUGGAAUAUGUUUUGAGAAAUAUAUGGGUUCACGUGGAAAUCAAUACUAUUAAAAAGGAAGCAUUCCUAAAAAAUCUAUUUACAAAAAGUUGUUGGACUUAUUUGUUAGAAAUUUAACAUGUCUUCUUUUAUAUAGUAUCAAUAAUAUUAACAGAGAAUAAAACAUUCAUUAAUAGCAGAAUAUUCUUUUAGUUUUUGGGAUUUAACUACAUUUAAGCUAACAAUAAAAUCGAUCAAAGUAAUUAUACUUUACCCCACAAUAAUAGGUCAGUAUGGUAUUUUACCAAAUACAAGAGCGGUUAUUUAAUAUUUAUUCAUUUCGAAUUUUGAAUCAAAUCACAAAGAAUAAAUAUUUAUUCUAACCGUGGACUAAGUAAACAUACUAAAAAUGCACUAAGAUUUUUAUACUAAUUAACAACUUAUCUAUGUUUUUUCUGUAAUUCAAAAUCAUUCAGAACUGAAAGAAAUAAAAGGGUAUAUAUUAACAAACAAAAUAACAUCGAAUUAUUUUUAAAAAACCUAUGUAUCAAUAUUCGAAAUAAAUCAUUCAAAUAUUAUGCAUAUAUUCAAUAUAACAAAAAAAUUCUAAUAUAGACUAAAAUACUAUACUGUAAACCAUAUAUCAUAUACAUAUUUGAAUAUCAUUGAUUUUAAUUUUCAUCCAUCAUAAAUCUUUUUUUUGAAUAUUCUGUAAAACCAAAUAAUAAUUUUACCUAAAAAUUAACAUAAUAAAUUAUUAAAGAAAAAAUAUUAUAAAAUUAACUUUUAAACCUAAAAAUUUUACCUAAAAAUUAACAUUUUUUUUAAUGUUCCGUAAAACCAAAUUAAAAUUUUACCUAAAAAUUAACAUAGUAAAUAAUUAAAGAAAAAAUAUUAUAAAAUUAACUUUUAAACCUAAAAAUGAAAACACAAACUUAUAUUAAGUUAUUUAUAACAAAAAUAAACUAAUACUGUUAUAUCAAUAUUUUUUUUUCUGUUGACAUUUUUUCGAAUGAUAUAAUAUAAUGUUAUCAAUUUUAGUUUUCUAAAUAUAUGAAAAAUUUAAUCAAAAAAGUUUUAUCAUGUUUUUUUUGAGUUUAUAUGAGAUCAAUCGGUAUCAUAUUACAGGUUAAUAGCAAAUUUUUGGAUUGUUAUUAGAUUUAUCAUAUUUUUUAUAAAUGUGAACUGGAUUAUAUUCUGGGUCGUCGAGUUGCGACCAUGAGUCGGGAUUGGAUAUAAAAAUGCUGCUUCAAACUCAAACACUAUGAUAAAUCAACUUAAAAAUUAUUUAUUUAGUAAAAAUUAAAUUCAAGAAAAUUUUGUCAAAAGGAUCAACAAAAAAAUACCCGCGCUUACGAAGCGCGGAUCAAAAUCUAGUUAGCCUUUAUAUUCCUCCAUUGUCUCAAGUUCACAAAUCACACAACUCAAUCCAUUCGCAGGCCCAUAGGAUACCUUGAUGUGAGAAUGAAUUGUAAAAUUGCUUUAAUCAUGUCAUCACUACCAUGAACUUAUCAUCCAAAUUUGUGGCACUAGCAUCUGUUAUGUCAAUGCAGAGUCAUGGGCCAAACCUCCAAAACUUUUGAAAAAAUUAUGCAUAAAUAAAGCUCAAAAUUUGUAAAAAAAUAAAAAUAAAUUAAACCCCUAAACUAUAAAAAUCUUUCUUAAACUAUCUGUAGCUCCCAAAAUCUCAGGUUAUCAACAUCAAAUUUGGUAAUAUAGGUGUGCUCAGUACUCAAGUGUAGACACUAAUUCAUAAAUUUGUUGCUUCAUGUUUACGGCCCCCACUCCUUUUGGUAAAACCAAACCAAUCUUCAAUUUGAAUUGUAGUCGGAUUCUUUGUUUGGUUACAAAACAAAAGCCAAACCGAUUUGGAUCGAUAAACUGGAAACUAGUACAAAACAAAAUAACUAGGUAAAAAUUAAUUAUUUUGUAAAGACAAGGAGUUUGUGUGCAAUUUACCAGAAAUAAAAAAUAAGUGAUGACGUGUCAGAACAUUAUUGGAGGAGCUGGCGAAUGAGCAGAGCAAUUCAUCAUCUCCUCGGCGAGAAUUUGUCUUCUUUUUCAGCGUUGUUACAGCAACCUCUUGCUCCCGGGUUGAAACCUGGACCGUACGAUGAACAAACGAACCGUGGAGCUGGGAUCUACGCGGUUCCUGUGCAUCAUCACCAAUUUGGAGCUCCUCUUUCCUCAAACUAUCUCAUCCCUCUCACUUACAAUAUCCCCACGUAAUCAUAUUCAUUGGUUAGCCAUACGAAUUAACUUAAAAGUCUGAUACUUUAGAUGACUUUAAGUGUAGAAAACUAUAGGCUUGAUCUUGUAAUUGCAAAGUUUGAUCCUUUUGCCUCAUUUAAGUCAAAUCACUGGUGGUUUGACUUAGUUUAUAGGCUUUGGUAUUGUGUCUUUUCUUUUGGGGUUGAUGGUUUUUUUUAUAUAUUUUUUGGUUUAGAGCUAGACCAAGUAAUGAGACAGAUACCAGACUGGAGCUCUUGCUCCGUUUGUGCGAUGGCUCUCACAAGGUAUGCAGAGAGCUGCAGUACCACCACCACCUCGACCUAAUCGACCUGCUGAUAAUGAUCCUGCAGCUGCAGUGCCACUAAACGAAGAUGCAGCUCUCGAGGGACAAGAGAAUGAAGGUGACAACGGGAACAGAGCAAACGCAAACGAAAAUGCGGAUGCAGGGCAACAAGGGAAUCAAUGGUGGGGGAUAGUAAAAGAGAUUCAGAUGAUUGUUUUCGGUUUCAUAACUUCACUUCUCCCCGGCUUCCACAACAUAGAUUAGACUCUCUUUUUUACUCUAUACUCUCAUCGUCUUCAACAAAAAAGACAUUGUUUAUUGUUAAAGCUGAUGAUCUCACAUCUUCAUCCAAAGCCAAAUGCUUGUAACGGCUUGGCUUUCUCUAUUAUCGUCCUCUCACCAAUCUUUUUUAUUAAUGUGUUUUGAUCUAA